GGUCUAGGGUUUUAUGGCGCUUUGCCGCUUCUCUCGCGCACUCUCUUCUCUUCCAGAUCGCGCAUUGCGGCAAUUCGCUCCUGCGGCGCUGAGGAGAUCGUUCCCCAAGACGCGCCACGGCGUGACAUGGGACGAUCCCUACCACUGGCACGCGCAGUCGACCAUGGCUGGGACAAGGGAGCUCCAGUGCCAGAUCCGCCAGGAAAUGGCGAGCAGGAUGGAGAAGGAGCUCGCAUCGCCUCCAGAGCGCUGGGGGGAUUGGUACUAUUUUGUGCAUAUCCCGCAAGGGAAACAGUUUCCCAUCUACUCGAGACGAAGAGCCCGCCAAGGUGGAAGGCUGAAGGCUUUCUUUACAAGUUUUUUUGACAAGAACAGUGAAGUUAUGAUCGACAUCAAUGAGCUUGCUGCCGAGCACGGCCAUGCGCAGCUUGGAGUUUUUAAACUAUCCAGAGACCACAAACUGUUAGCAUACACGAUCGACUUGGGUGGCAACGAGAUGUUCACAUUGUUUAUCAAAGACUUGGAAACUGAUAGCCUCCUCCUGGAGCACAAAACCGAUGGUGUAGUAAGCGUGGAGUGGUCUGAUACUGGAGAAUAUCUUUACUACACUUGUAGUGAUGUGGCACAUCGACCUCACAGGGUUUUGUUGUGGAACUUGCGAUCUAAAGAUGAUGACAUUGCAAUUUAUCACGACGACAAUCCAAAGAACUUUGUUGAUGUUACAAGAACCAAAAACUGGCAGUACGUUUUGAUUAAUGUCAACUCGAAGACGUCCUCUGAGAUCCGAAAACUUCAGCCACAACAUUGCGGAAAGUUGCAGAUAGAGUUGAUGGCAUCCAGUAUUUCGUGGAACACCAUGAAGAGCACCUGUAUAUUCUUACCAAUUUUUUGGGCGACAAGAAGCUAGCGUCGCUAGGAAACAACUAUCGGCUUGUCCGCUGCAAGACAGAUAGCUUGACCUCGAAGGCG